AUGAUACUCUCUACCGGUCCGGACGUCUAUCAAGGCCUUUCAAUCUUUAUCCAAUUUUUACGAAACUCAAAUGUUUACCAUCUCCUUGUGCGACUCGUCACCCCCGAUUCCACGUACCAAGUCUUUGCCACGGAUUUUGCGGAAAGCGAUGAAUGGGUUAAUGUUGGUAUUGUCGUAGCUGGAGCGAAAACAUCGGCAGGGGUGUGCGUUGAGGUGUACAAAAAUGGUCAUGCACUAAUGGCGACUAGUUUACCGAUUUUACGAGAUUUUUCUAAUCGUUAUGGUGCUAAUCCUAGUCCUGGAAUCUACCUCGGCUCUGCCAUCACUACAAUGUCCAACAUGUCCACAGCUUCAAUCGCUUCUGGAACAAUCAGUUCGCUUGUUUUUUGGUCAAAACGGGUUGCCUCGUGCAGCAGUCCACGUUCGAGCUACAUGACCCUCAGGGGGAAUUGCUUCUCUAACGAAUCCCUUCCUGAGAAGACAACCUGUCAAGACGCUCCAAAUUGUCAACUCUCACAAAAUGGUGUUUGUCUGGACACCACUGUGGAGAACAUAUACGCCAUGGCUAAAGGCGCUCAUCUUAUCUCUUCUCCAAAGGCCCUACUUUCUCUCCUCGAAAUUGUAUUAGCAUUUCUUAAAAACGAUACAGAAAAAUAUUAUUUGGAAUAUGAAAAGCGAAUUCUUUGGUCAUCAGUCGUCCUAUUCAAUCGGUUGAGUGUUGUUGAGGAAGCCAAUGCAUUUGAGGUGGAGAGCCUUCGUUCGAAAACGGAUACGAUUUUGGCCUUCCUUCUAGAUUACUUGGAGGCAUUGUUUUUAACCCGAUUUUCAAAAUCUUGGUCCGAACUUUGUGGAAGUUUUUCAUCUAAGCCGCCUGAGAUUGUUGCUACACUGUCAACUAUGAUCAAGGUUUUGCUGACUGAUGAUCGACCGGUGAUAGAGAGCAGUCUUGGAAGGAACUACUUAGCCGGCUACAUAGAACUCACAAUUCCUUCUGCUUUGAACAAUGAUGUGCCAGUUAAGGUCAUAAAUCCAUCUCUCAUUAGGCAAAGUGGUAGCACGAAUUUACUUGGAACCCUUACAGUUUCGGUGCUAAGUGCAUCGACCUCUGCAAUAACACUGGAUGUGCUCUCGGUGCCCAAAGAAUUCGAGUUGUCAGAAAAUCAUUCCCUUUCACUUGGAGAUGGCAAGAGGAAAUCGGAAGUUAUAUUAGCUUUGAUUAAUUCACCCAUAAUGACAACUUCUCUUGUACCAACAAGCGAACAGCAGGACGAAUCAGGAGCGGUCUUUCUGUAUACCCUCGCGCUUAUUCGACCGAAUGAGUUCUCGGCCUCAGCAGAAGCUCGACGAUCUGAUGCGCUGCAUUGGAAGGCACGCAGAGUGGAGGAGGAGGGACUCGGUGCAUUGGAAUAUGCUGUGAAGUGUGUCUUCUGGGACGAUAGUGAUAUCGGUGCGGAGGGCUGGAAGGCUCAUUACUGCGAUGUUGCAGAAGCUCACUUAUCUUAUGUAGUCUGUCGGUGUAAUAGGACAGGAUCACUUGCUGUUGCAAUGGAAUAUACCGAAGACGAUAAACCUUUUUGGAGAAUGGCUGGAUCCAGCAGUUUACAGGCUUAUAGAACCGCAAAAUUAGCAAUCAACUUGACUGGCAACUUAUUGUCCAUCACAGCUCUAACGGCACUGGCUGCUUAUCUUUGUCGAAAAAAUACUCUUCCCGAGUUGCUUGAUCAGACCAAAAUUAAGCUACAUUUUGUAGCAUCUUUGCUUUGCUAUCACAUUUCUUUCGUACUCUUUCCUUUAUUGGAAGGAAGUGAAAUGGGCUGUUGUGCUGUCGGGCUUUUGGAGCAUUUCUUCUCCAGCACAUCACUUGCAUGGCAAUGCUGUAACAAUUUCUACACCUUUAAUGCUCUAAUCAACGGAGACACAAGAGCGCGAAUCAAGUUGUCCAUCUUCGUUGGCUGGGUGACAAAUGCGGUGAUCGUGGCGGUGAUAGGAUGCGCCACUUCUGCCAGCGAGUAUGGGUUGGGGCUUAUGUGUUUGCCAACGGCUAUUUCCGGUUAUAUUGCUACUGCUGAAUGUGGUCUUUUCCUACUCGUAUCUCUUAUCUCCUGCAUCAUUCUCCUAUGCAACAUCGAUGCGCCCGCCUACUUAAAUCCACGCGUGAUUGAAGCUUUACAAAAUGACAUGCGUACCACCACAGCAGCCUCAAUCUACAGCGCUUUGGUCUACGGACUUGGGAUAGUAUUCGUCUUUUUCAAUCUCCCCUAUUCCGCCUUCGCCUUCUGGAUACUGAAUUCCCUAACCGGUUGCAUGGUUGCACUUCUGCUAGGUCCUCUGGACAAAAGCAAUGUGGUGAAAAAAAGAAAGUCCAGCGGAGCUCUCGAAGUAGCCAAGACCUCGAGAAGUUCUGUAUACGCCUUCGAUAACAGUGAAGAUCUCCCAUCUCCGUCUGGAGCAGCUAACCCUGAAGGCAUCGAAUCAUACGAACUCCAUUCACCACACUCCAAGGUCGAUGAUUCCAUCUUUGCUGACAAAAGAAACAAUGAAUACACCAAAUAA